ACCCUAAUUCACUUUAGGUUUCUCUCAUCGGCCAGUGCUCACUGGGAUUACGAAUCUGAGUGAAAAUGGGACGUGCCGUCAAUGGAGUUGUUCUCUUGGCUUUGUUUUGUUUCAAUGUUUUUGUUGCGAAUGUGUCCGCGAGAGACGUUGUGAGCGAAAAAUACGAGGAGGAGAAAACGUUCUUGGGGAAAGGUGGCGGAUUUGGCGGUGGCGGAGGAGCCGGCGGUGGGUUUGGCGGUGGCGGCGGAGCCGGCGGUGGGUUUGGAGGAGGCGGUGGUGCUGGCGGUGGUUUUGGCGGUGGACACGGCGGAGGAGCUGGAGGAGGGAUCGGAGGUGGUGCCGGCGGAGGUUUUGGCGGUGGACAUGGUGGAGGAGUCGGAGGUGGUGCUGGCGGUGGUGCCGGCGGCGGCUUUGGUGGUGGACACGGUGGAGGAGCCGGAGGAGGGAUCGGAGGUGGUGCUGGAGGUGGUGCCGGCGGGGGUAUAGGUGGAGGAAUUGGCAAAGGCGGUGGAUUCGGUGGCGGAAUUGGAAAAGGCGGUGGCAUUGGUGGGGGAAUUGGAAAGGGUGGGGGCCUUGGAGGCGGUGGCGGAUUUGGUAAAGGAGGAGGCAUUGGCGGCGGAAUUGGCAAAGGUGGUGGAAUCGGCGGUGGAAUCGGAAAAGGAGGAGGAAUUGGUGGCGGUGGAGGAUUUGGUAAGGGAGGAGGCAUAGGCGGUGGAAUCGGAAAAGGAGGAGGAAUUGGUGGCGGUGGAGGAUUUGGUAAGGGAGGAGGCAUAGGCGGUGGAAUCGGAAAAGGAGGAGGAAUUGGUGGCGGUGGAGGAUUUGGUAAGGGAGGAGGCAUUGGCGGUGGAAUCGGAAAAGGAGGAGGAAUUGGGGCGUUCAAACUUUCUGCAUUCACACCUCUGACAUGGGAAUGGAGUGUUCUGUUGGAUUUCGUCAUUUACUUCGGAGAAGACACAACUUCUUCUGCUCCAAACUCAAACCCCACUUCCUGUGUCCCAUUGAAUCCAGCAAAAACGGGAAAUAAAGGAGAAAAGAAGAAGAAGAGAGAGAUUGAAGAACAGGGUCCUUGUAGAUUCUCAUCGGAUUACUACAGAGUUGGUGCUGUGUUUUGUCUUGGUGGGCUCGCUUAUUCUUCACUAAUCUUGAUCUGGGUAUACGACCUCAAUGGCAUUAGCACUGAUCUUGAUCUGGAUCUUCCAUCGAAUUCUGCAGGAAAGCUUCAAGUGCUGUUGUGA